UAUUACUACCAGAACGCAUUAAUUCACAAACUUAAAAAAAUAAAUAUAAAUAAACAUAGGAGCAGCUAAUUUAGUCGUAAUUAACAUGCACUCAGAUUUGUGAUGGCAACUUUAAGUAAUGAUACAAAAACAAUUAAUAUUUAAACAAUCUUAAAGGCUCUCACAUUAAGCUAUUAUCGUAAAACGUGAAAGGCAAUCAAAAACAAAACGGACACUUAGGACAAGGCAUAAACAAGAUAUUGGGAAGAUUAUCUAUUUUUGGCGGCGACUAUUUAACAACAAAAACAAAUGAACGGCAAUCGCAAAUUUAAAUCGCUGCGGCUAGUGCGCUUCGGCGAUGUGCUAUAUGAUCAGCAAAAGCGUCUGAUAAUGCUGUGCCGCUCCUGUCAACGACAUUACCUAUCAAUGGAAGCAUUCCAGACGCAUCUAAGCAAAUGCAUUGCUGUCAAGCACAUAGUCACGUCCAUUGAUGAGCUGCAGUAUGACGAGGAGAAGCGGGAGACAAGGCUUGUCAAUGGAAAGCAAGAGCUGCUCAUCUAUGAGCCGGACGCAGUGCGGAGCAUAAACAGCGUGAACUGCGACAUAGACUGGGAAGCGGAGCUUGAGGAUCCGCGCUGGUACACAGACGACACUCGGACACUGCCAAACAAAGCAAAACAAUCGCCCACCAAUGCCAAAGAAAAUGUGGCCAAGAGCCGCACGCGCAGUCUAACAACAAAGGAUCUCGAAAAAGAGAAGCAGCCGCAUCCGCAGUCGCCCGAAUCCCCAGCCAAGCGUAUGCGACAUUCCACGCCAAAGCGCACCAUUCUCACGAAUCAACAACAACACAAAUUGCGCGCCAGUUUGGAAAUGCCCGCAGUGACAGCUAAAAUCAAAAAUGAAAUGUAUGUUGUGCAAAAUAUCGUAGACGACUUAAGACGUCUGGAUGCAAUGAGAAAUGCCCGUCCAGCCAACGCAGCGGCAACAGCAACAACAACAACCAGUCCAACUGCAGCAAGUCCACCCAUGGUUUCCAUACCCAUGCCAGUGGCCAAUACGGCCAACGGCGACACCCAACAAAUACUCAACAAGCUGCGAGCCUGCGGCGUGGAAGUCAAGCGCCGCAAUACACGCGAAGCUAUGGACAGUUCCAGCGAAGCAGAUGCGAAAAAGCAGCUCGCCCUGGAUAUAAUGCGGAAAUUGCAAUCGAAUGGCAUCAAGUGCACCAAAGUAAACAAUGCUAAGCAAUAAACCUAGAAAAAUUGUAUGCAGCAGCUUCAAAAUAAAUUU